GUUGAAAUAAAAGUAGUGGUAAUCAUGUAGCUCACACACCAUUUGCGUCACGUCUUCAAAAUGGGUCAUGAUUAGCUUUACCAAGUACCACUUUUAGACGGAUUAUCUGAGUAAACAGAUGCCUAGGUGAAGAGAAGCGUCAGUUCAUGGAGACGCCUCUCGUGGAAUCCACAGUCUAAUUAGUCUUAGGACGUUACUGAGGAACGCGCGUGCUUCCCCAGUGCCCAUUGCACAUGCGCAGUAGGGAGGCGCUCUGAGCGCACGCAAGAUCCGCACCAGAGGACAACAGCAGACGCCUCCAACAGCAGAGACACGCGCUCCUGAGCAACUAAAAGACUGACCCACGCGCUUUAAACUAUUUUUAUUAAAAAAAAAUAAAAAAUGAGGAUGGACGUCAUGGUCAUUACAUUACAGAAUAUUGGACUCAUGCUGCAAGGGGUGAAUUAAUGAAGAAGGAAACGAAGCUCUUGGAAAUAAUCAAACAGCUUUCGUGGGACAAUACGGAAACACUGAUCAUGACCCUGAACAUGACCAGUUUCAACAUCACGGAUGAGAGUGGACAUGCCUAUCAGUACUCCUUUCCUGCGGAGGAUGCUUUAUAUGAGGAGUACAAGGCAACAACCAGGGACUUGAUUCCUCUUCCCAAAGCUGUGCUCUAUUUGUUAAUGGCUGCUCUGGUGGUGGUCGCAGUGGCUUAUGCCAUAGUGGGACAUCUGAUCAAAGACCUGGCCAGUGAUGUAGUAGACUGUGCACUUGGCCCAAAUGAGGAUGACCUGGAGAAAGAAAAUAACGAAAGAAGCCCCAACCCUAACCCUGUUGCACUGUCUCUCUCUCAAACCAAUGCCUUCCACGUGUGGGACCAGGAUGACGUCGUGAUUCCACUGCCUACAGAGGACAGCCCUCAGACAAGUCCCUUAGUGCUGGCUGCUAUCCCUUACAUCCCAUCCUUCUUCCCUCAUAUAGGACACCCGCAGAUUCCCUCGUCUGUCAGUACCACCAACAGUCAUGAGCCACCCUAUAGCCCUGGGUUUAUCUGCUCUAUUCCACAAGAUUUGUAAAGGGCCAUGGAAUUAAUAAUCACCGUCAACAUCUCUCACUAAUAAUGUGUUUUGGGGAAUCACAAGGCUGUAUGAUUUGCGUAAUGCACAUGUUGGAUUGGAAGUGUGAUCGAGUUGCCUAAAAUGGAUUGUCUCAAUAGAAAGAGCAGCAAAAUAUCUGUUCUAAGCAUCACAUUAAACUGAAAUAAAUUUAUCAUUUGUUUUCUAAACCUUUACUUCAAAUGUUCUCACUGUACAGCUACAGCACAUACUCCUGUCACUUCCUAUUGCGUAAGAUGAUUUGCAGAAGAUUCACAUCCAAAAUGUUCCCAAAUAUGUAAGGAGUUACAAACUGAUCCAAUUCCAGGCUUGUCCUCUGAAUGACUUCUUCCUUGUGCUCUUGUUGAUGUGUCAGAUACUGCUCUUGGAUUCCAGCCAUUGGCUUGGGUCACUGUGAUUGACAAGGGAGAGAACAUGCUAUCCCUCUCACCCAGACAGGGCAGUUCCAAACUUGUGAUCUCAGACUGAUAGGUUACCACUCUUGAAAGUGAUUUUUUUUUAAUAGUAAGAAAAGACACAAGAAUGAUGGUUUAAACAAUUUCCUUCCCGAGGAUGGGUGAGUGAAGACUUCAGAGCUUGCAGCAGUGUUGACUUGCUAAUGAACAUAAAUAAGGUGUUAAAAAAAUGCUCAUAAGAAGUGCAUUUUAAUAGCUAACUACUGUAUUUUUUGGACCUCAGCUUUACCUUAGUUUUGUGUCAGUGUCU